AUGAGCGACGCUCAGGCAAACGAGGCCGAGAGGAACAUUGAGAUCUGGAAAGUCAAGAAGCUGAUCAAGCGCCUCGAGGCUGCCAGGGGAAAUGGCACCUCCAUGAUAUCCCUCAUCAUUCCACCCAAGGACCAAGUUUCCCGGGCGGCAAAGAUGUUGGCUGAAGAAUACGGCACCGCCUCCAACAUCAAAUCGCGCGUCAAUCGACAGUCGGUCCUUUCUGCCAUCACGUCCACCCAACAGCGCCUGAAGCUUUACAAUAAAGUCCCCCCCAAUGGCUUGGUCGUCUACUGUGGUGAAAUCCUCACGCAGGAAGGCAAGGAACGGAAAGUCAACAUCGACUUCGAGCCCUUCAAGCCCAUCAACACCUCCUUGUACCUCUGCGACAACAAGUUCCAUACCGAGGCAUUGGCGGAAUUGCUCGAGUCAGACCAGAAAUUCGGCUUCAUCAUCAUGGAUGGUAACGGCGCUCUCUUUGGUACCCUCAGCGGCAACACGCGCGAUGUUGUCCACAAAUUCUCCGUCGAUCUGCCAAAGAAGCACGGCCGUGGUGGUCAGUCCGCCUUGCGUUUCGCUCGUCUUCGCGAGGAGAAGCGCCACAACUACGUGCGCAAGGUGGCCGAGCUGGCCGUGCAAAACUUUAUCUCCAACGACAAGGUCAACGUGGCCGGCAUCAUCCUCGCCGGUUCCGCCGACUUCAAAAACGACCUCAACGCCUCCGACAUGUUCGACAACCGCCUGCAGUCCAAAGUCAUCAAGGUUGUUGACGUCUCGUACGGUGGCGAAAACGGCUUCAACCAGGCCAUCGAAUUGUCCUCGGAGACUCUCGGAAACGUCAAAUUCAUCCAGGAAAAGAAGCUCAUUGGCAAAUACUUUGAGGAGAUUAGCCAGGACACCGGCAAGGUAUGCUACGGAAUCGACGACACUCUCAAGGCGCUCGAGCUUGGCGCCGUCGAGACCCUCAUUGUCUUUGAAAAUCUCGAAAUCACGCGCUGGACCUUGAAGGACAGCAAUGGCAGCGAGAUCAUACUCCACACUACCAAGCAGCAGGAACACGGCAGCCGAGAAAACUUCCUCGAUAAGCAGACAGGCCAGGAGAUGGAGAUUGUCUCCCAAGAGUCAUUCCUUGAAUGGAUUGCUGAGCAUUACAAGGACUUUGGCACGGCCCUUGAGUUUGUGUCGGACCGCUCCACCGAGGGCAACCAGUUCGUCAAGGGCUUUGGUGGCAUCGGCGGCAUCCUUCGCUACAAAGUCAACUUUGAGCAGCUGAAUGACCUCGACGACGAUGAUGACUACUACGACGCGGAUUCCCUCGUCAUCGGCGAGGGAGCUGCUCAAGUUCAACCGUCCGCGCACAACGAGGAUGAGAGGAGUCACGACGCGCCGAGGUCGACCGAUGCCGCGCCAAUGUCGCUUACUCAACGGUGUUUGAUGCAAAGGGCUGAUUCCCCGCCUCACAAGCAAGGCCAUGAGGCGUCGCGGCCAAGCCCCCUUCGCUCAGUGAUGACGGCGACUUGA